GGUGCCUAGUCCUGCAGGCGUCCGCUUUCCUGCUCCCCGUUUCACUCCAGCUCUUGCCUCUAACAUGAGACUGCCGCUGCUGGUGUCCGCGGGCGUCCUGCUCCUGGCUCUCCUGCCCUGCCCGCCAUGCAGAGCCCUCCUCAUCCGGGGGCCUGUCCCAGGCGCCCGACAGGCCCCACAACUUCCCCAACCCCUAGAUUUCUUCCAGCCGCUGGGGCGGCAGGUCCUUCCAGUUCAGCCGGUCCCGCUCACCACGGGGGAAGAAUACUUCUUCCGCCAAGGUAACCUCAAUGAGAGCCCCGCUGCUCCCCUCUGGUCAGCCUCCUCGCCCCUCGCCCGCCGCAGCAGCAGCCACCUUUCCCCUCACAAGGCAGCCGCCAACUUUUUCCGCGCAUUGAGGCAGCUGAGAUCGCUUCCCCAGCGCCCUCUCAAUAGCCCUGCGAGUCCCACUGAGCGUGGUGCUGAGAGCGCCCUCAGUGGUCGCCAGGAGGCCCUGGAAAAGGAGAGGCGAUCCAAGGAAACUACCACCUCACUGGAUCUCACCUUCCACAUCCUCAGAGAAGUUUUGAAAAUGGCCAACGCGGAGAAGUUAGCACAGCAAGCUGAAAGCAACAGGAAACUGAUGGAGAUUGUUGGGAAAUGAAACGGUGCGUUUGGCCAAAGCGAUUCUGCAUUUAGAAAAAAUAAAAAAAAUAAAGUAUUCUGUACCAUAGCAUGGCUCUGAUACCAUUUGUUUAUUUUUAUAUAGCUUGAAACGUAGAGGAUGUAUAACAAGAGCACCUGUUCUCCUUAAUUAGAAUGCACAAAGUGUAAUCGUGUGCAGUAAUAGCAACAAAAUGGUAUUUGUAUUGUCUACUUUUAGUUUCCAUUUCCAGGUGUCUUUAAUGGUGUUUAAAAGAGUAUAGACCCAGGAGGAAACGUUUUUGAAGAAGCAGACAGAAAUCACCCAAUUGAUUUUGCUGUGGUCUGAAUUCUCUUUGGUGGGUG